AUGAGUGUUGCUUUUAUUGAUGGUCCGAUGUUGACAAAAUUUGUCGAUGAUUCAGCAGCUUUUGAAAAAUGCAUAAAGGAACGAUUUGACAUGCUAGAUGUAAACAAAGAUGGUGUUCUAUCACGUAAUGAACUUCAUAAUGACAUCAAUGAUGUAUCUUCAGUGGAAUCCGCAUUGCAAUCUAAAGAAGAGGAAGUCAUGAUAGCUAAGGCUCAUGGUUUUGGCAAUACUCCGGUAUGCAUUAUUCUUCAGACCGAUAGCUUGCUUCAGAAAGUUGUAUAA